AUGGCGACUCUCGGCAGCGACAAUCGAUUUUCUCCCAUCACGCCAGAUGACCAUGCGGGCUCUAUCUGGAUAGCGACCAUACUAUGUCUGAUCUAUUCUGUCAUUACCUUGACCUUGAGGGGUCACUUGCGAUGGAAGAUGUAUGGGAUGGAUGACUACCUGGCUCUUGCUGCAACCGUAAUGCAAGUGGGGGAGGUAGCUGCCGUUAUGGUAGGCCUCAAUCACGGAUUAGGAAAGACAGUGAAUCUACUACGCCAGAGUGAACUGCAGAAAGCCAGUCGCGCAACAUUCGCUGGACAGAUACUUUUCAUCCUAUCACUGACCUGCGCUAAAGCGUCGACCUUAUAUCUCAUGAUGAGGCUGUUCAACCUCAGUGGACCAAAGGCGAACAGUCAAACCCGCUCGAGGAUAUUCUACUGGGUCGGCAUCGGAGUCCUAGCUGGGAUGGCGACCUGGGGACUCUUAUCGGUUGUAGCACUUUCGGUCGACUGCAGCACACGACACUUGAUUGAGGGGAAUGCAUCGCAAUGCUCCCGUCAGUUUCUGCGAUGGCAAUUGAUCACCGCAUUCGACGUGGCGACAGAGUGCAUCUUGGUGCUCCUCUCGGUGUUCAUUGUUCUGCCUGUCCAAAUCUCCUUCAUGCUGAAAUGUCAGGUAGUCGCCGCAUUUGGAUUUCGCUUACCUCUGGCGGCACUCUCAAUCAUUCACCUCAAAUACAUCUCUGAUUACACCACCUCCAAAAACCCCGGCAUUGCGCUAGUGUCUGCGCUUGUUCUCCAGCAAGUCGAGCUCUGCUGGUCCCUCAUCGCUGCCACGAUUCCCAACCUCAAGUCAUUCGUCAAGAGCUUCAGCAGCGGCUUCGGCAUUCAGCUCGACCCUACACUCACGCAAGGUGCUUACGGUUCAGGAAGAUACAAGGAGACCAACGGGUACGAGAUGGGAUCUGUCCCAGGUCAAGGCAAUUCGAAGUCAAGAUCGGCCAACAGGUCGUACAACGAGAUUGAACAUCAGGACCCUAUUACUCCACUACCUCAGGACGACAAGAUCAGGAGGGAUCAAGAGUCAAUCGACAGUGCUGGCAGUCAAGACCACAUCAUUCGAAAGGAUGUCCAAUGGAAUGUUCAUUACGAAACGACAGAACGCGACAUGGCUUAG